CCAUGUUCAAGGUGCGUGCUGCUCUCCUACAGAUACUCCAUGUUCAAGGUGGGGCCAGUGCUGUGCCUGAGUCACGGCAUGGGCAUCCCGUCCGUGGGCAUCUUGCUGCACGAGAUCAUCAAGCUCAUGUACCACGCGGGGGUCAAGGACCCCAUCUUCUUCAGGCUGGGCACCUGCGGGGGCAUCGGCAUCGAAGGGGGCAACCUCGUCGUGUCUGAGAGCGCCGUAGAUGGCAUGCUUAACCCCUACCUGGAGCUGCCUGUGCUGGGCAAGCUGCAGCGGCGCCCUGCGCUGCUGGACAAGGCGCUCGCUGCUGAGCUCAAGGACCUCGCCACCGACACCGACCCCUUCACCGUGCACGUCGGCAAGACCAUGUGCACCUACGACUUCUACGAGGGUCAGGGGCGUCUGGACGGAGCGUUCUGUGAGUACACUGAGGCAGACAAGCUGGA